AUGUCAAGUGUUGCAAUAAAGAGUUUCUCUCUAUCAUCUAUUACAAAAAAUGUUUGCAUCUUUUCUUCUAUUAUUCUGGUUAUCACUCUAUAUUAUUUUCUUAACUAUAAUACAAUAAUAACAUCAUACAUCAAUUAUAUUCCAUCACCGAAUAUCGGUCCUAAACAAUGUAAUUUCUCAUCAAUAGAAUCUGAUGGUUGGUUUUGUGAAUCUGAUUCUGACUGGGAACUUCGAAAAGUAAUUGAUCGUAUACAACAUAAACGUAAUCGUAUCUCAGAUAGCCGCCAUAUGUUUUUUCAAAAUAAUUGGGAACCAACAAUUCAUUGUACCUUUGAACGACGUAUUGGUAAUCCUGGAGAUGGAGGAAAAUGGAUUUGUGAUAUACAUCGUUUUACACAAAUGAAUAUGACAAAUCUAUUGAUUUACUCAUUUGGUUCUAAUGGUGAUUUUAGUUUCGAAAAAGCAGUCAACAAGAUACUACCAAAAGCAGAAAUUCAUACAUUCGAUAUGGGAUAUUUCACAUGUCCAGCGAAUGUUUGUAUAUUUCAUCGUGCUCGUUUAGGGAAUGGAAAAAAUGGUGACUCAAAAUCUUUACAAAUGAUUAUGAAAGAACUUGGUCAUGAAAGUAGAUCUAUUCAUAUACUUAAAGUUGAUAUUGAAGGUGGUGAAUAUGACUUAUUUGAAGAAUUAUUUAAUCAUUUAUCGGAUAAUCAAGUUACUCUUCCUUAUAUUCGUCAGAUUUUAUUUGAAAUUCAUCUUAGUGGUAGUAUUCAAAGUGAAGAAUCGACUCGACGUACACAUAAAUUAUUUGAAUUAUUUCGUGCAAAUAAUUAUGCAAUAUUUCAUAAAGAAGUUAAUUUAUAUGAUGCUCACAAUGUUUGUGAAUUUGCUUUAAUACGAUUGAAUCCGUUGUUUUUUAUUUUACGUCGAUAA